AUGUUUUCAAUAGAUUCUUCUGAAAAUUCAUCAGUCACAAAUGGUGCCGAAAACAGCAACAAUAAUAAUUUAAGAGCUCUUCCUCCUUCUCUAUACUCUGCAAAUACGACAAUGUUGUCAUUCAAUAAUGUUGAACAAUCGUAUACAAGAGUAGUAGGUCAAGUAUAUUCUAGAGAAACUGUUACAACUAUUUAUGGUGAUCCCCCGACUGCUUUCUGGAAUCGAUAUUAUUGUUACAUCUGUCGUUCCGCCAUAAAUCCUCGCGAUUUAAUAUCAUGUGCAUCUACUACAUGCGAUAUUUUUGCUCACACUGCUUGUUUGAUUAACAUUGGAAUUCAUGAAAAAAAUGGUAUUUGGCAUUGUCAAAAAUGUAUUCCAACCACGCGACACGAGAUUUAUUUGCCAUCAUCCAAUAACAAUGUCGAAAGGAAUGUUCCUCAAUCAACCGAAAACAAUUCUGAUGUCACUGCGCAACAAUAUGAUAAUAAUAAUCCUGACCUCUCUCAUGAAAAUCUUUCAAAUUUGAAUCCUCCAUCUUUGUCAUUUAAUUUUAAUUUUAAUUCGUUUAAUAAUAACGAUACUCAACAAGAAUCUGCCGUUAAAAAGUUCGAAACUCAAUAUGCGUCUUUCGAUGAAGAACGCAGUAAUCUUAUUCGUAAUCUUGAACGUACACGCACACGACAAAACCAAGUUACAGAAGCACUUAAAGAAUCCAUAACAAGAUUAACUCGUGAACAUACUAAAAAUCUUGAAAAACGUGAUAAUUUACGUAAAGAAAAUCAUAAACUCAACAAUGCUUUACAUAAGCUUAAACUCGCCUUAAUUCCUUUGGCUCAAGAAAAGCCUGUAUUACAAAUUCUGCAAAAAGUAUCACAGAAUGAAGAAUUACAAGAACAAGAUAUAAAUUUGAAUAAUGUUUUGUCUUUAUUUAUGGGAUUAUUACCUAAAUCUACCCAUUCCGCACUCUCAGGUUUAGUUGGAAAUGACACUUUCGCUUCUUCAUCAUCUUCAGUUCAAAACGCAUCAUCCAAUUUCUUGUUCCCUGAAAUUUGUCAAAAAUGUUUGGAAAAAGGAGGAAAUUUAGUUUUUUGUUUUCAUUGUCAAAGAGCUCAACACGUUGAUUGUUGCGUUAAAGAAGAAAAACCCUUUUACGGGAAAUGGAUGUGUGAUGAAUGUAAAAAUAACUUAACUACUAAACGUAAACAUUGUGAUGAUAAAAAUUCAAAGUUUCCGACUUUGACAUUGAUUGGAAAUUAUAAAAGAAUCAAAAUAAAUGAGAAAGAUGACGCAGCAAAAGAAAAUACACCAGUAUAUAAUAAUAACAUGUGCAAUCUAGAUGAUAGAGGUGAUAGAGAUGGUAGAGAUGAUGCGCAGAAUGAUGAUUCUGAACGAUAUGCAUCUAAUAAUACACAACCAGAAGAUAAUGAAAAUAAUGAAAAUAGUUAUGAUGGUAGAAGUGAAUCAGAAAUUGAAAUGAAAAAUUCAAAUGAUUUAACAUACGAAAAGUAUGAUCGAACACCACCACCUGAUAAUGGCCCAGAGGCUUCAAGACAGCCCGCUAGAUUUGACGGUGAUAUGUAUACUCCUCGUUGGGUUCGUGGAGUUGGAAAAUCUAAGGAGGGCCUUUGCCCUCAUUGCGAACCUCCGCGAUGGCUCAAAACAAAGAUUUCUGCCUAUUGGUAUCAUCUUAAUUAUCAACAUGGAAUUUCAUCAAUUACUGGACGACCAUUUACACAACCUACAUCAGAACGUAUCAAUAAAAAAACCGGCAUGAAAGAAGCCAUGUGUCAUAAAUGUAAUAAAUGGGUUUUGAAUCAAUCACCCAGAGAUAAAGAAGUUUUGGUUCCCGAAAUUUAUUGGUAA